AUGGCUGAGACCAUCACCAUGAAUGGCGGUCCUAUCGCCGAGGACAACAUCAUCAACCGCCGCGGCGGCGAAUCGAUCUAUCAGAGCUGCGUCAACCUCAAAAAGCGCCUGGCCGAAGUACCGAACUUCGAGCCCCAUAUGCGAGAGAUGGAGGAAGCCGAUUUGGCUCAGGGGAACACCGACCCGGUGGCGUCGCUGUGGAAUUGUCUCCGGACGGGCUAUCCCUUACUGACUAUCUACAAUGCCUCCGAUCCCGAAGAGUUCCUGGAGAUCGAUACAACGAAAGUUGCCGAGGCCAAACGCCCGAAAGCCGCCACCUUCAAAUUCCUCCACGCGUCUCUGAAGGAGCUGGGAUUCCCUCAGCAAGACUGCUUCCUUAUCACGGACCUUUACGGCGAAAACACCACUGGCUUCACCAAAGUGAUUAAGAUGGUUAACCGGGUUCUGGACAUCCUGGAGAUGCAGGGACAGCUGAAGCGACCGUCGGAUAUUGGACCAGGGGCCCCGGCGAAAGGUGCCGUCAAGCUCACCAAACGGGAACACAUUCUCAAGGAGUUACUGGAAACGGAGCGCGACUAUGUUCAUCAUCUCCAGAACCUACAGGCCCUGAAAAAGGAACUAGAAGAGACAAGUGCCGUGAAUGGUGAUGCUAGCCAUCAGAUUUUCUUGAAUCUCAACAAUCUGCUUGAUUUUGCUCAGCGGUUCUUGAUCCGUAUCGAACAGCACUAUGCGCUGCCCGAAGAGAAACAAAACUGGGGUGAGCUGUUUAUCCAGCACGAGGAGGCCUUCCGGCAAUACGAGCCCUUUAUUGCCAACCAGAUGCGCUGUGAUGAGAUCUGUCUCAGAGAUUGGGACAAGAUCCACAUGGCUCCGCGUUCGAAGGACCUGCUCCAGAUGGUGGCGCAACCCGCAACCCUGAACGGUUUCUUUGUCAAGCCUUUCCAGCGCUUGACUAAAUACCCCCUGAUGUUAGGAGAACUGUUAAAGCAGACAGAAAACCCGGACCUCCGGACUGAUAUCCAACGAGCCAUCGACGCUAUCCAGACCGUUUUAGACUCGGCAAACGAUGCCAUUGACAAAGAGCACCUGCAGUCAGCCGUCAAAGACCUCGAUGAACGAGUUGAUGACUGGAAGGCCUUGAAGAUUGAAGCAUUUGGCGACCUUCUCCGUUUUGGCACCUUCUCGGUAAUCAAGGGUGACAAUGGCAAAGACUCGGAGAGAGAGUAUCAUAUUUAUCUCUUCGAACGGAUUCUCCUCUGCUGCAAGGAUAUUAAUCCCAACAAGCAAAAGUCGAAACUGAAUUUAGGCAAAGACAAGCCUGCUGCGACGAUUAAAGGCAGGCCGCGACUUCAGCUCAAAGGCCGCAUCUACAUGGCGAACGUGACAGAUGUGCUUUGCCUUCCCAAGCCAGGCUCCUAUCGCAUCCAGAUCUUCUGGAAGGGUGAUCCAGGAGUCGUGGACAAUUUCAUCAUCCGCUAUUCGAACGAGGACAUUAUGCGCAAAUGGAGCAGGGACAUCGAGGCACAGCGGGCGAUUCAGGCAGAGCAGCGCAGCGCUCGCAACACCGGCACCUCCGAGACCGAAUUUACGUACAUGAGAUCCAUGGCCAACAUGCCAAACCCGUAUCAGCAGGAGUACGAUGCCGAAGAACAAGCAGCCACGCAGGAAGCUGGCUUCUUCUCGGAAUUCCCGAUGAGCCGUAACGCCUCCAGCACCAGCCUCAGAACCCGUUCAGCAACAGGAGGAAGCGGUAGCUCCGGUCGCCCUCGCAUACCUGUACCCGAUCCGAAUCUGUCAUUGCACACUCAUCUUUCUGGAGGCAGUAUGUCGCCAGCAGAGAGGAAUGCUCCGUCUUACUUCUCCCCCGUCGCCGAAACUCCGUCUACGCGGUCCAGCUCCCAGUCUACUGGAUAUUUCCAUGGUCGUCAAGUGACACCUACGGCCAAUUGGAAUGAAGAAAAUGCUCGGUAUACAGCCCCGGCUUUGUCCCGUGCGACGUCAAGAGAUGGGCCUAAUUCAAAUCCUUAUUUCAGCGGUGCUCCGAAUGGACGAAGUACUCAACGACCCUCACUCCCUCCGAUGUCAGGGGCUCAGGCGGCAAAUGGCAUGGCCCAGCGAAUGCGAUCUGCAAGUAGCCCCGAUAUCCACAACCACAACCCGGAAAUGCGUCGUUACAUGGGCGCCCAUACGAUGCAGACCGUCGACAAUGUGCCCGUCCCGCCAAUCCCCGCUCAUAUAUCCAGCAUGAUGGCGCCUCCCAACCGCAGCCAGAACAACUCCCCCACCAAUGCCAACCUCCCCAUUCGCAACGCAAACCACCUUUCCAACUCCCAGCAACAUUCCGAUCCCCGGCAUGUCCCGCAAACGCAUUUCCACGAGCCCCAAUACUCCGACUACCGUCCUAGCACAUCGGCCACCGAUCAGCCCACGUCUCCACUGAGCCACGAGCCGGAUGAGGAGCCCCUCAUGCCGACUCAACUAAAGGUUAAGGUGAAUUUCGAUGAUAACUACGUCACGCUGGUCAUUGCCAGCAACAUUAUGUUCCGCUCCCUCAUCGAUCGUGUGGACGCCAAGCUGGCCCGAUUCACCAACCGCUCAAUUGGCAGCAAGUCGGUCAGGCUACGAUACCGGGACGAAGACGGAGAUUUCGUUACGAUUGAUAGCGACGAGGCCGUUCAACUGGCAUUCAUGGAGUGGCGCGAACAACAGCGUGACAUGCUCGCUAGGGGUCAAGUAGGAGAGAUUCAACUCUACUGUCAGGCAGUGGAGACUUAG